AAAAAUUGGAAAACAUGCCCAAUCAACAAAAACGUAAGUAAACGUAGAAUUAGACAGUAAACAGAGAAAGACAACUUCAGUGAUUGAUUGAGCUGAGAAGCAGAACAGGAGCUAUACAGAAGCCAUGGCUCAACAGAGGGUAGUAUCUAUACACUCGGAUCCCAAGGAGAAGGUGGAGAUGCACGAAACAGAGGCCGUCUUCUAUGAGUAUGUGUUUGGUAGAGCCAGGGAGGACAAUGCACUUAAUUCUGAAGAGUGUAGCACCUUCGAGGAGGCCCAUCAGAUACAGACCACCAGUGUUGUACGUGAGACUGGGUCCUCACCAGCUGCCAUCGUGGGCAGGAGACUGGCAGAACUUGGAGACCAGAUCGAUGCUCAGUACCAGGAGGACAUGCAGGAGAUAGUUCAGCUGGCUGGAUCACCUGACUCAGCCUUUGCAAUGUUCCAUGAUGUUGUUAAGCACUUGUUUGAGUGGGACGAGCAAGGAGGAGCUCAAAUCAACCUCGGGAGAAUAGCCGCUCUACUGGGUUAUUGUUACAACCUGUGCAAGACCUUCAUAUCACAGAAUGUAGCAGCUGGCAGUCUUGUAUCAUUUAUUGCCAUGGUUGCAACGUGGCUCUUCAAGUUUCUCAUUAAAGCCAAAUUCUACGACUGGCUUGAGAAGCAAGGAGGUUGGAGUCAGCUGGUAGCUGCUGCUAUUCCCGAUCCCUUUGGUGGUGGAAAGAACGUGUUCCUAGUUAUCGGACUUGCCUCUUUAGCUUUAUGGGCAUUCUCCUAUUUUAGAGGAAACUAAAUGUCUGUAGGUCAUGUAUAUAAUUAUUAAUAAUUACGCUUUCUGCUGUAGGAUAUUUGAAAUCCUCACUUCCAAACAAGUUUGUUUUUACACUCAUUCUAUUAUUAUUAUUGUGAUCCAUUAUAUUAUUAUUUACAUGAAAGUGCUAUUGCUGUUGUGAACUUGCAA